AGCUGGCAUAACUUGGUGUCACGUCAUCAAUUCCAGUGAGUAAAUCACGCGAGAUUGUGUUUCAGGAAGUUCCACGUCAGUAUCCAGUGCUCUGCUAAAAGAAGUCGCAACAUUUGGACUCCAUUUGUUCACAACACAUUUAACUUAUCUAAUUGGGACAACACAAGGAUAGCAACAUGCCUCUGAGGCUGGACAUCAAGCGGAGGCUAACAGCCAGGUCGGAUCGAGUGAAGAGUGUGGACCUUCACCCAACUGAGCCAUGGAUGCUGGCCAGUCUGUACAACGGCAGCGUAUGUGUGUGGAAUCACGAAACACAGACUCUGGUAAAAACUUUUGAAGUGUGUGACCUCCCUGUGAGAGCAUCAAAAUUUGUGGCAAGGAAGAACUGGGUCAUCACAGGCGCAGAUGACAUGCAGAUCCGUGUUUUCAACUACAACACUUUGGAGCGGGUUCACAUGUUUGAGGCCCACUCUGACUACAUCCGCUGCAUUGCAGUCCAUCCAACUCAGCCAUACAUCCUCACCAGCAGUGAUGACAUGCUGAUCAAGCUAUGGGACUGGGAAAAGAAGUGGUCAUGCAGCCAGGUGUUUGAGGGUCACACUCAUUAUGUUAUGCAGAUUGUCAUCAACCCCAAGGACAACAAUCAGUUUGCCAGUGCUUCCCUGGACAGGACAAUUAAGGUUUGGCAACUGGGCUCUUCAUCGCCUAAUUUCACUUUGGAGGGUCAUGAAAAGGGAGUCAACUGUAUUGACUACUACAGCGGAGGAGACAAACCUUACCUGAUAUCCGGGGCUGAUGACCGCCAGGUCAAAAUCUGGGACUACCAGAACAAGACCUGUGUUCAGACUCUGGAGGGACACGCCCAGAAUGUCUCGUGUGUCAGCUUCCACCCUGAACUUCCCAUCAUCAUCACUGGAUCUGAAGAUGGCACUGUGCGCAUCUGGCACUCAAGCACUUACCGCCUGGAAAGCACACUCAACUAUGGCAUGGAGCGAGUUUGGUGCGUGUGUGGCCUCAGAGGCUCUAACAAUGUGGCACUUGGAUACGAUGAAGGAAGCAUUAUUAUCAAGGUGGGUCGUGAGGAGCCAGCCAUGUCUAUGGACACUAAUGGCAAAAUAAUCUGGGCCAAACACAGUGAAAUACAGCAAGCUAACCUCAAGGCCAUGGGUGACACUGAAAUCAAAGAUGGUGAGAGACUGCCGUUAGCUGUCAAAGACAUGGGCAGCUGUGAGAUUUACCCACAAACCAUCCAGCACAAUCCUAAUGGAAGGUUUGUUGUGGUGUGUGGAGAUGGAGAGUAUAUCAUCUACACUGCGAUGGCAUUGAGGAACAAGAGCUUCGGCUCUGCCCAAGAGUUCGUCUGGGCACACGAUUCCUCUGAAUAUGCAAUCCGAGAAAGCAGCAGUAUUGUCAAAAUCUUCAAAAAUUUCAAAGAGAAGAAAUCUUUUAAGCCUGACUUUGGAGCAGAAGGGAUCUAUGGAGGUUUUUUGCUCGGAGUGAGGUCAGUGAAUGGCCUGGCGUUUUAUGACUGGGAGAACACCGAGCUAAUCCGCCGUAUCGAGAUCCAGCCCAAGCACAUCUUCUGGUCAGAUUCUGGUGAAUUGGUCUGUAUUGCUACAGAGGAGUCCUUCUUCAUUCUGCGUUACUUGGCAGAUAAAGUAGCUGCCUCCCAAGAGAACAACGAAGGAGUGACAGAGGAUGGUAUUGAAGAUGCCUUUGAGGUCCAGGGAGAGAUUCAAGAGAUUGUGAAGACUGGCCUUUGGGUGGGAGAUUGCUUCAUCUACACUAGCUCUGUAAACAGACUCAACUACUAUGUUGGAGGAGAGAUUGUGACUAUUGCACAUCUGGACAGGACCAUGUACCUACUUGGUUACAUUCCAAAGGAUGACCGUUUGUAUCUGGGAGACAAGGAGCUCAACAUUGUCAGCUACUCGCUCCUUGUAUCUGUCCUGGAGUACCAGACAGCUGUAAUGCGGAGAGACUUUGGAAUGGCAGACAAAGUACUACCCACCAUCCCUAAAGAGCAGCGGACCAGGGUGGCACAUUUCUUGGAGAAACAGGGAUUUAAACAACAGGCGCUGGCCGUCUCCACUGACUCAGAGCACAGGUUUGAGUUGGCUUUACAACUGGGAGAGUUGAAGAUAGCCUAUCAGCUGGCUGUGGAAGCAGAGUCGGAGCAGAAGUGGAAGCAGCUGGCAGAGCUAGCCAUCAGUAAGUGCCAAUUUGGCCUGGCCCAAGAGUGCCUGCACCAUGCUCAGGAUUACGGCGGCCUGCUACUUCUUGCCACUGCCUCUGGGAAUGCCACCAUGGUGGGCAAACUGGCUGAAGGAGCAGAAAGAGAUGGCAAGAACAACGUGGCCUUCAUGACUUAUUUCCUGCAGGGAAAGCUGGAUCAAUGUUUGGAGCUUUUGAUUAAGACAAACAGACUACCGGAGGCAGCCUUUCUGGCUCGCACUUACCUUCCCAGCCAGGUGUCCCGUGUUGUCAAACUGUGGAGAGAGAAUUUAGCCAAAGUCAACCAGAAGGCAGCUGAAUCCUUAGCAGACCCCACAGAGUAUGAAAAUCUGUUCCCUGGGCUGAAAGAAUCCUUUGCAGCUGAACAUUAUCUGAGAGAAGCCUGUCUGGGCAGCUCCAGACCUGCUAAAGACUAUCCACUUGUUACUCCCAAUGAGGACAGGAAUAUUUUGGAGGAGGCUCAGGGAUAUGAGCCCAAAGGUACCUUCAUCCCUCUCAUCCUCAAGACACAAGAUGAUGAAGAGCCAAGCUCGGUUCCAACAGCUUCUGUGCCGACCCCCCAGCCUGAAGCCCCUGCUCCCACAGCAACAGAGGUAGAGGAAGAAGAGGAAGAAGAGGAAAGUCCGGCAUUCUCACAGAAAGACAAGCAGUCUCUGGAUGAGCUUGAGGUAGACCUGGACAACAUGGAGCUGGAUGACAUUGACACCACAGACGUUAACCUGGAUGAUGACUUUUUAGAUGACUAAGACCUGCAACCAUUCUGCUCCUAAGCACAGUUUAGAGCAUAGUAAAAAAAGAGACCAAACCCCUUUUUCCCUUAUGUUUGUUUUUGUAUUUGAAAAAACUUUAUGAUCUCACAUCUGUCUUCUGCAGUGUCUGGGUUUGGUUUGACAAUUACAUCAGAAACAUUUAAAUGAAAAAUUAUGGUUAAUAUCGUAUCUACCACAUUUUCUACAUGUUUAUUGCUCAAGAACCGCAGACUUUCCACCAGAAAAUGCUACUUUUUGCUUUGUAUUGUCUGUAAUGCAAAUCCAGAAGCCCAAUAAAUUGUGUUGCUGUACAUAUUCACAACUGCUUUAUGCCAAAUGUUAAUUUCUUUCUUUUCAUAAAACGUUUCUAGAAUGCACUAUUUUAAGGUAUAAUUGAAUAUCAAAUUUGA